GUAGCAUUGAGUUACUAGUGAAAAGUUUGGCUAUCUCAUUACGUGUUUGCAAAAGUAUUUUGGCGAACACUGUAUUUUAAAGAAACCAGGUUUGCUCUGAAAUUUUAGUCUUUUUUUUUCAAAAAUUUUAACUGGUUUAAACUGAUGAAGAUAUAAUGGUAUCUCCUACUAUAAGGAAAGUAUUUGUUCUUCUUUCAUGUACGUUUCUAGGAUUAAUAUGUGGGACUCUAUAUCUUUACUCUUCGUAUAGUCCGCAAUUGGCAGCCCAACUCAAUUACUCGGUCACGGACGCAUCUUCUAUAGCACUUAUGGGGACCUUGGGGGUUGCAGUACUGGGACCAGUUGCUGGAGUGGUUGUGGAUCAGAAGGGUUACACUGUUUCGAUGAUUAUGGGAGGAGUUUGCAUCAUGACUGGAUAUUUGGGAUUGAAGAGACAAUUUGAUAUUCAGUACUCUAAUUUGAGCCUUUCAUGUAUAUUAUUAUUCUUGGUUGGAUCAGGUUCUACAUUUAUCAAUUCAGCAUGUUUGAAAUGUUGUGCUAUAAGCUUUCCUAGUAUAAGAGGAGUGGCUACUUCUUUACCUUUGGCACUUUAUGGUUUGAGUGCUCUUUUCUAUUCUGUUAUUGCUUCAGUUUUCUAUCCAGGUAUGACUUCAGCAUUCUUAGGGUUUUUAGCAUAUUCAUCAAUUGGUAUAUUUUGUAUCUGCACUCCUAGUAUUAUGCUCUGUGAUUUUGAACAUAAUAAAAAGAAGAAAAUAGUUCAUGCUAGAAGUACUUCAGGGUCUUUUGAAUUAGCUAAUCUUAGUGGUACUACAACUCCAAUCCACUCUAGAAAUUCAUCUACAAAUAGUCCAGCAAUUUCACAUAAUUCAGAUUCAUUAAAUCAAAAACCUAAGGAUUUUCAAUUAAGUGGAUUUAAACUUAUUUAUUCCUAUAAAUUUUGGCUUAUCUUUGUUAUUACUGGUUCUCUUGCAUCAUUAGGUCAAAUGUAUAUUUAUUCUGUUGGAUAUAUGGUUAAAGCCCUUCUUAGUAAGAGUAUGGAUUUAGAACCAAUGGACCCACUUUUCGGGGCUGAAGAAGAAAUUGAAGCAAUGAUCCAAAGAGAUCAACAAUUACAAGUUGGCCUUUUAUCAGUUGCAAAUUGUAUCGGGCGAAUCGCAUCUGGGGUUGCUGGAGAUAUCAUUACCCAAUCUUUCCAAAAGAAAAGAUCCUGGUUACUUUUCAUCCCAAGCCUUGGGUUAUUAUCUACUCAAAUUAUGGGACUAAGAGUUGCCCACUAUAAUAGUUUAUCAAUGGUUUCAUUACUAACUGGGUUUUUCUAUGGCUUUACAUUUUGUAUAAUGCCCAUUAUAGUUGGUGAUAUUUUCGGAAUGGAUAAUUUUUCGUCGAACUGGGGAGUGGUUGGUUUAGCACCAAUAGGCCCAAGUUUUUACUUUACUGGCUUGUUCGGUAGAAUAUAUGAUUCUAACUCUGAAAAAAUCAAAGGAACAGAAAUUACUUCUUGUCAAUUAGGUAAAGGAUGUUAUGAUUCCAUCUUUAUGAUUACUCUGGUAAUUGCCUUCCUUGCUAUAAUGGUGACAAUCGCAUUGAACUUCGGGAAGAGGUCAACCUCAAAACAACGUAAACCAGUGGACUUUCGUAAGCUUAAUUCAUGAUUCUUAAUCUUACUUUCAUUGCACGUCAUUUUUAAUUCGUUACAUCCUAAUCAUUUUCGUUGAUAUUAAC